UCUAAGAUCCUCAAUGGCUUGUAUUUUACUGAAACUUGGCGACAUCUUAUCCACACCAAACAUAUCCCUAAUCCAUUUCUUCCAAAAAUCCACAAGCAAUCAAUCUUUGGCUUCAAUUCCCCAAUUCUGAUUCCAUUUCAGUUCCUCAACAAUCUGAAACAGAAAUUUCUGAGAGAACAGAAAUGUCGGGGGCCUGUUCAAUCCCCUUCGCCAAGAUCAAAAUCCCGGCCGCUUCCUCGUCGCCGGCCACCGCUUCUCCGUCGGCGUCAGCCACCUCUUCCGCUUCUUCAUCGUCGGCUCACAGUUCCAUCAGAUUCUCUUCCUCCAAGCCUUUCGUCUUUACCAUUAGGAGUUCCCAGACCGAAGGCCCUCUUCGGAGACCGGCGGCUCCUUCUCUGAGAGAGCCAUCGCCGCCGUCGCCACCUUCGCCGACGCCUCCUCUCAAGCCGACUCCUCCUUCAUCGCAAACGCCUCCGUCGCCGGCGUAUGCUGCGAAACUGGAUAAUGUGAUCACAUUGGAGUUCCAGAGACAGAAGGCUAAGGAGCUUCAGGAGUACUUUAAGCAGAAGAAGCUUGAUGAGGAUGAUCAGGGACCGUUCUUUGGCUUCAUCGGGAAAAAUGAAAUUUCCAAUGGAAGGUGGGCGAUGUUUGGGUUUGCCGUUGGAUUGCUGACAGAGUAUGCAACUGGCUCAAACUUUGUUGAUCAAGUAAAGAUCCUUCUCUCAAAUUUUGGGAUAGUAGACCUCGAAUGACACCAUAUACAAGGUCCAUGUUUCUAUAUUUUUCCAAUUGCUAUAGUUUAUAUAUCUACUUCUUGUAAUUCAUCUGAUAGUCUUCAUGAAUUGAUACUCUUAAUGGCCAUAUAAGUGUGUGCUCCUUGCCAAUACUCACUGUUCUUCUCUGUUAUAUAUAUAAAGUCUUCCUCUUAUGAGUCUGUGCAAUUCA